AUGGCGACCCUAGACAUUGUUUCCAUCUUCCAGGCCGUCCUGGACGCAGUGAACAACAAGAAGUGGGAUGAUGUUCACAACCACCUCCAACCGGUAGUGAGGGCAACCUACAACGAAAACUCAGAAAGCAGAGACGAAUUCAUCAACCGCCUCACCCUAACCUCCGAGAAGGGCAGCCACCUCAGCGCAGACCAGUGGACCGUCAACGAGGCCGCAAAUUCCCUCGGCGCCCGCCUCAUCACAACCACAAGCGACGCCCCCGAGGGAACCCCCGCCAAAGUCUGGGACCUCGUCCUCGUCUUCUUCGAGAACGGCAAGAUUGCGCGCCUCUACCAGGUCGCGAACCAGCAGAGCCGAGGUGUCGGCCCCGUGCCCGAGGUCGCGCCCAAGACCUCCCAGAACCCAAUCUCGGCCGCCGAGAUCGAGGCGCUGUAUCGCAAGUACAUCUACAGCUACAACGACGGCACCGUGCCCACCGUGCUGCCGGCGCUGUGGGCGGAGACGAUCUCGAUGCACGGGAACAUAGUACCGGCGCUAGGAGCCGUGGGGUUCCUCAGCAAGAUCCUGUUGCCCGUCAUCGCCGGUCUCAAGUACGAGGUUGAUGAGAAGAAGCAGCAGAUCGCCGUCAGGCUAUCUAUCUCGGGCGUGCCGCAGAACAAGAAUCUGCAGAAGAAUGGUCCGGAUGGGAAGGUCACGGUCUAUGAGCAUGCUUUGUACGGAUAUGAGGAGGGCAAGGUUGCUUGGGCAUGGGCCUCGCAGGCUUUCGACAUGAGACCUCCUUCGUUGUAG